AUGGCAGCCACAAGAAGAUUGCAAAAAGAAUUAGGGGAUAUUAGGAAUUCAGGACUGAAGUCAUUCCGUGAUAUUCAAGUAGAUGAAACCAAUAUUCUAACAUGGCAAGGUCUCAUUGUCCCAGAAAAUGCUCCUUACAACAAAGGAGCUUUCAAAAUAGAAAUCAACUUUCCUGCUGAAUAUCCCUUCAAGCCUCCAAAGAUUAAUUUCAAAACAAAAAUCUAUCACCCAAACAUAGAUGAGAAAGGCCAAGUCUGUUUGCCCAUUAUCAGUGCUGAAAAUUGGAAACCAGCUACUAAAACUGAUCAAGUUAUUCAAGCUCUUGUUGCCCUUGUGAAUGAACCAGAGCCAGAACACCCCUUGAGAGGGGAUUUAGCAGAGGAAUACUUGAAGGACAAAAAGAAAUUCACAAAGAAUGCAGAAGAGUACACGAAAAAACACAGUGAAAAAAGACCUGCUGAUUAA